AUGAGUGGUCUCUCCAGGACAUCGCACUAUCCUCAAGUCAGAAAUCCCAAACUUCAGACGAUUGAGUGGGUGAAGCAGGAGCGAAUCACAUAUUUACGACUUUUUUCCUUAGAAAAAAUCUACUUUCCUCCUUCCGGUGAAAGACAGCUGCCCCAAGUUCCAAAAGUGCCGGUGUUUGAUGCUUCCGUCAACGAAGUUCCGAAGAAGCAUACGAAGCGACUGAUCGAGAUUCGCGGUCCCGAGCUAGUUCACACGAAGCUGAUUCAUCAGCAGUAUGGAGUUAGGGCUUUGGUCGGAGGAUUUAUGCAUUACCACAAUUUCGAAACUAUCAGAAAAAUGGUCAACUACUGGAUAAAAGAUGACAAAAAAUUCGCAAUAUGGAGGGUCGAUGCGCCUUGGCUUCCUCGAACUAAAGUACCACAAGGUCUGAAGCUGGGCGGAGGCAAACGAUCCAUUCACCACUACGUGACUCCAGUCCGCGCCAAGAGAAUUGUCAUGGAAUAUGGCGGUUUCGUUUCUUUUGAAGAGGUAUUGCUUUACUUUGCAGAUGUCUCGAUGAUGUAA